AACACGCUGCGUCGAUCGCUAGCUCCCCUUUAAGACGCGCCGUUAGCGAGGUUGUUUAUUCUUCCCUCCGCGCAGAAUCGGGGAGGAUCGGAGUCCUGUGAUGUAAGCAAUCAGAGAGCGCCUUUUAUUCCGUUACUGACUGCACAAUGCUGUAGUUCCUUUUCUGUCGGCCGAAAUCCUGACGGGGAGGAGGGAAGGAGGCAGGGAGUUUGCGCUCCAUUCACACGGACGGAAAUGAGAGGGGGGUGUCCGACCCACCGCGAACCAUCCCCUUUAACAACAACUGGGACAUAGCGGAGAGAGAAAAGGAGAGGAGGGGGAGAAGAAAGAGGAAUUAAAAAAGAAAAGGAAGAAAGAGACAGGGAGGGAGGGAGGGAGAGCGCGCGAUAAAAAAAGAAAGAUGACAUCCCCCGAAUUGAAGCGCCGAGGUGGAGCGGCAGGCUGCGGCCGGGCUCAGGCGCUCUCCGCCAGGGUCAGGGCUUGAAUCCAACAACGAGGCUUCGACAAACAGCCCCAUUGGCCUGUUGGGGGAAUCGAGAAAAAAAAACAGAUUUAUGAAUCGAAACAUUAACUGUUACUCGUUCUAUUGCGUGUGUUAGGAAACGUUUUGUACUUUUUAAAGAUGCCUAAAAUACAUUCAAACAUUAUGAUCAGUGUUAGCAUCAUGCAUGAUUAAGGUUUUAAAAACAACAUUAUUGAUUUCGUUUGCUGAUAUGUUGAAUUUUUAAAGUCAUGCAUAUUAAAAGUAAUGCGUUAUUUUGACAGGCGAAGCCCUGUAAUGCGAUGCGUAAAAGUUAGAAGCCAAAGUAUAAGAGGAAUGGUCCACUGGAUUCAGAUUUAUUGUUAUUAUAUGUUUAAUCGGUUACGCCUUUUAAUUCCUAUAAAAUAAUUAGUUGGCAUAAUAUAGCUACUAUAUUGAAUAACUCUAUGGUUAAUACCGCGGCAGGGCUUGUUUUCGCUCUUUAGUUAUCCAAUAUUUAGAACCGCAGCAUAACGGCAAUCGCUCGCGUAAUGCCCACAGCGCUCUGUCACAGCGCAAUUAUUAGGAAUACUUAGCUGACUGGAUUCCUCUGCGCUGAGCAAAAUGGAUGCUGCGUGGAGCAGUUUUCUCUUCCAGACCACACCCACCCAAACCCAAGUGGAGGGCAGUCUCCAAUCGGAGCUGCUGCCUGUCCACACGACCUCUUCACAAUCCCCGCCCCCGGACCACAUGGCCCCGCCCCCGUCCACAGUGGACACGGCGGCGCUGAACGAGGAGCCGGUUCCAGUGAAGCCGGCGGUGUCUCGUCCGGGGCGCGUGGCCCACAUCUGUGCCAUCUGCAGUAAGCAGUUCAAGAACAGCUACAACCUGCGGCGGCACCAGUCUGUGCACACGGGCGUGCGCAUGAAGGACCGGGCCGCCCGCGAGCGAGAGGCCGCCGCCCUGAAGGAGGAGGGGGUCGCGGGCAUGGGCAUGGGCAUAGGCAUGGGGGUGGGGACGGCGGAGGUGCGCACCACUGUCCCCCUCUCCCUCCUCCACCUGUCCAUCCCCCAGCCCCUGCACCAACAGCACCAACAGCAGCAGCAGCAGCAGCAGCAGCAGCACCAACAGCAGCAGCAGCAGCACCAACAGCAGCAGGCCCCCCACGGCAACCCCAACUCCAACCUCAUCGCCCAGCAACAGGAUGGCAACAUCGUUGCCAUGGCGAGCGUUGCCACAACCGUCAACCCCCUCCCGGCGCCCACUGCGGUUGUCAUGGCAACGGGGGAGUCGGUACAGCGGUCGGUGAACCCGAAUUCCAACCCUGUGCGUAAGAACCAUGCGUGUGAGACGUGUGGGAAGGCGUUCCGGGACGUGUACCACCUUAACCGGCACCGGCUGUCCCACUCGGACGAGAAGCCCUUCAGCUGCCCCAUCUGCCAGCAGCGCUUCAAGCGCAAGGACCGCAUGAGCCACCACGUGCGCUCGCACCAGGGGGGCGUGGAGAAGCCUUAUGUGUGCCCCAACUGCUCUAAAGCCUUCUCCAGGCCUGACCAUCUCAACAGUCAUAUCAGACAGGUCCACUCCUCAGAACGUCCCUUCAAGUGUCCGACGUGUGAGUCGAGCUUUGCCACCCGGGACCGUCUGCGUGCCCACAUGAUCCGGCACGAGGAGAAGGUGCCCUGCCACAUCUGUGGGAAGCUGCUGUCUGCCGCCUACAUCACAGAUCACAUGAGGGUGCACAACCAAUCACAGCACCACUCCUGCCACCUCUGCAACCGCAGUUUCACCACGCUGACGUACCUGCGCGUACACGCCCAGAAGCACCACGGCCAGGAGUGGAAGGAGAGCGGGGGCAACUUCGGUGCGGCCGGCGCCGGGGGGGUCCUGGUGUGCCAGCUAUGCGGGGUACAUUGUAAGACCCCCACACAGCUGCAAGGGCACAUGGGUACCCACAACCCCCAACCCAGCACCCCCAGCCCAGUGACCUCCAGCGGGGGCGUGGCCGUGAGUGCGGUUACCCUUAGCAACAUGGUGACAGCGCCAGCCGUGUUUGUGAGCGGGAACACGGUGGUGGAUCUGCUGGUGACCGACUGCUCCAGCAUCGCUCAGCAACCGCACAGUUAGCAACACACACACACAGGCACACACACACACACACACAGGCACACACACACACACACACACACACAGGCACACACACACAAACACAUAUUCUGCUCCAGCAUCGUUCAACAACCGCACAGUUAGCAACACACACACACAGGCACACACUCACACAGCCACACACACACAAACACAUAUUCUGCUCCAGCAUCGCUCAGCAACCGCACAGUUAGCAACACACACACACAGGCACACACACACAUGCACACACAGGCACACACACACAAGCACAUAUUCACAUACAGUAUGCACUAGGGCUGAACGAUUUGGG